GCCGCCUCGACGCAGUGUGGCGCCUGCUUUGUGAGAUCGAUCCAUGCUAACAAAUUCCCUUUGUUGUGAUUAACCGUUUUGCGGUUGCGGUUCUGCUGUAAUCAUUUUUUUUAUCAAGGGAAUUGUCGUUGAGAUCGUCUAGAGGAUGAGCGGCGGAGUGUAUGGAGGAGAUGAGGUGGGAGCUCUGGUGUUCGACAUUGGCUCAUACACUGUAAGAGCUGGCUAUGCAGGAGAAGACUGUCCCAAGGCGGACUUCCCCACGGUGAUCGGUGUGACCAUCGACCGGGAGGAUGGCAGCACGCCAAUGGAGACGGACGGGGACAAGACCAAGCAGAGUGGCACCACCUACUACAUUGAUACCAACCAGCUACGGGUACCAAGGGAGAGCAUGGAGGUCAUGUCUCCGCUCAAGAAUGGCAUGAUUGAGGACUGGGACAGUUUCCAAGCCAUUUUGGAUCACACUUACAAGAUGCACUUCAAGUCGGAACCCAGCAUGCAUCCAGUGCUCAUGUCAGAAGCGUCGUGGAACACGCGAGCGAAACGAGAGAAACUGACCGAGCUGAUGUUUGAACAUUACAACAUUCCUGCCUUCUUCCUCUGCAAAUCUGCUGUGCUGUCUGCCUUUGCUAAUGGACGUUCUACAGGCCUGGUCCUGGACAGCGGAGCUACACACACCACAGCGAUUCCAGUGCAUGAUGGCUACGUCCUGCAGCAAGGCAUCGUCAAAUCGCCCCUGGCCGGAGACUUCAUGAGCAUGCAGUGUAGGGAGCUUUUUCAAGAUUUAAGUGUUGAAAUAAUACCCCCGUACAUGAUUGCAUCAAAGGAUGGAGUGCGAGAGGCUUCACCGGCCAGCUGGAAGAAAAAAGAGAAACUACCUCAAGUCACCCGCUCAUGGCACAACUACAUGUGCAACUGUGUGAUCCAGGACUUCCAGGCAUCUGUGCUGCAGGUGUCAGACUCGCCGUAUGAUGAACAGGUUGCUGCACAGAUGCCCACUGUGCACUACGAGCUGCCCAACGGUUACAACUGUGACUUUGGGGCCGAGAGGCUAAAGAUCCCAGAGGGGCUGUUUGACCCUUCUAAUGCCAAGGGCCUGUCUGGAAACACCAUGUUGGGAGUCGGCCAUGUGGUGACGACCAGCGUGGGAAUGUGUGACAUCGACAUCCGGCCGGGUCUUUAUGGCAGUGUGGUGGUGACUGGAGGAAACACCCUGAUCCAGGGCUUUACAGACAGACUGAACAGAGAACUCUCCCAGAAAACCCCACCGAGCAUGAGGCUGAAGCUGAUCGCCAACAACACUACGGUGGAGCGCCGGUUCAGCGCCUGGAUAGGAGGCUCCAUCCUGGCAUCGCUUGGAACCUUCCAGCAGAUGUGGAUCUCCAAACAGGAGUAUGAGGAGGGAGGAAAGCAGUGUGUAGACAGGAAGUGCCCUUGAUUCGACACCCAACCCCACCUUCUCCAACAAGCUCAAUGUCAUGAGUUCACCUCUGACCCCAGACUCAGGAUCAACCACCAAGAUUCACUCUUGUUUUGUAUGAUUUGUUUAAAAAAAAAAAGAAAAAAGUUUGUCAAUGUGCUGGCUGUCUGGGAUUUAUUUGGAAAAUAAGACUAAUAUCUACAGAGUAAACCAUCCCUGAUACAAGAUGGUUGAGUUACAUAGUUUGUCAUUACGGUCAAGUCUAUUGCCUUUUAUUUCUAAAAAAACAUUUUGGAACUUGAAAGCUGUUGUCCAGGUGUCUUCUCCCACUUCAUUGUCUGACAUCUAGCUGUUCGAAGGAUCAUUGCAUAUAUGUGUGGAGAUAUCCAAUUUUCUCUGGUUUGUACCAUAUAGGGGCUGUAGAAUUUGAGUGAUCUUACUUUGGGGCAAAUAAUUCCUUUUGUCUAGUAAGUAAACUCAAAGGCAAAAGCCAGUUUUUGUCUCUUCUCAUUUGUGUCAAUGCAAAUAAAUCUGUAUUUAAUUUUCA